AUAGAGACCCGUCCCACGCAAACACCUCAGCGAUCCACCGCCCUCCCUCUUCGCUAAAGCCGUAAUCCGAAAUCCCGCCCCCAGACCCAGAUUGCACGACGCAACCGAUCCCCAAAUCCCCAAAUCUUCCCAGUUCCCUCCUCCCGCUCGACCCAGAUCGAGGCCUCGAUCCACCGGCCAUGGCGCUGGAGUGGGUGGUGCUGGGCUACGCGGCGGGCGCGGAGGCGGUCAUGCUGCUGCUGCUGACGCUGCCGGGGCUGGACGGCCUGCGCCGGGGCAUGGUCUCCGUGGUGCGGAGCGCGCUCAAGCCCAUGAUGUCCGUGGUGCCCUUCUGCCUCUUCCUGCUCAUGGACAUCUACUGGAAGUACGAGACGCGGCCCACCUGCGACGACGAGCACGCCUGCACCCCCUCCGAGCACCUCCGCCACCACAAGUCCGUCAUGAAGUCGCAGCGCAACGCGCUCCUCAUCGCCGCCGCGCUCCUCCUCUACUGGAUCCUCUUCUCCGUCACCCAGCUCGUCGUCAGGCUCGACCAGAUGCAGCAGCGCGUCGACAAGCUCAAGAAGCGCGACGACUGAUGGGGCUCGCGUUCGCGCCUUCCCCGCGUCCACCCGGUGGUCUCGUUCUUCCCUCUUCCUCGUAUUUCUGUUUUUUUUUAAUGUUGGAGUGCGGAUGUCUUAGAUCUCGAUCGUAAUUUGAGGCAUGGUGCUUCCUUUGCCCUUACCGUCUUCAGAUAAAAAGAACAACGCUCUUUGAAAUGAUGAUAUAUUUAGGAUGUUUGGACAAAUGGUAUCGUAAUUGAUGUGUUCACCAAUGAGUUGAUUGGUUUCACUCGAGAUACACCGAGAUAUGGGUCUAGUUGCCAUCCUUGAGAUAUUGGUUAUUAGCUACUAGUGCUGUUUUGAUGAUGUGACUGAGCUUAUGUUGUAAUGAGCUAGUUCUUGUUCAGAAUAAGCUGACAUUAGGGGCCGGAUUUUAUAUCUUUUGUAUAAAAAAUGAGCUCCAACUUGGAAGCUAGUCGUGUAGCUGUUCUAGUUCUAGACUGAGAUGCUCAUCUAGUGAUCAGGUGACAUGAAUGAAUGGAUAGUCACGUUUGCUG